CUUGUCUGUGGGUCCUGACUGACUGACUGACUGACUGACUGACUGUAGCUUUGGAAGCUGAGCUGGCUGAAUAGACCUUUGGGUUGGGUUUUUCAGUGUCAUCGAUGGCUUUUUUCAAAUACAAGGAAAUCCUUUUUACUCCACUGGUCCACUCAGUGGAAACACUCAGCUAUGUAGAAAACGAAUUCCAACUGCUGGAUGAUGAUACUGUGGUCGUAGCUUACCCCAAGUCAGGUACCCAUUGGAUGGCGGAGAUCUUGGCCCUAAUCUUGAGUCAUGGGGACCCUUCAUGGGUUCAGAAGGUACCACUGUGGGAAAGGGCACCCUGGAUUGAGAUGGAUGAUCAUUUGCAGAUUGCCUUGAAAAAUCCUUCCCCCAGGAUCCUGAAUACUCACCUGCCAUUCCAGCUUUUCCCCAAGUCCUUCCUCCACUCCAAAGCCAAGAUAGUCUGCACACUGCGUAACCCCAGAGAUGUGAUGGUUUCAACCUACUACUUCAGGAAAGGCCAUAAAGAUUGCAAUGAUCUAGAAACUGUGGAAGAGUUCAUGGAGAGUUUCCUGAGUGGGGAAGUGGGUUAUGGUUCCUGGUUUGACCAUGUGAAAGGCUGGGUGGAGAUGAAGGAGAGAGCCAACAUCUUCUUCAUCACCUAUGAAGAACUGCAGCAGGACCUUCGAGGCAGCGUGCAGAAGAUCUGUCAUUUUCUUGGCAAGGAGCUGAAGCAGCCAACAGAUGAGUCUGUGGUGGAAAACGCCUCUUUCCACAAGAUGAAGGACAACAAGAUGUCCAACUUUUCUUUAAUACCACAGAGCAUUUUUGACCAGACAAAAGCAAAGUUCAUGAGGAAAGGUAAAAACAUUGGAGUGCCAAGGAAUAAGGCCACAAUGCUGCAUGCCAGGGGUGAAGAACCGUUUUCUUUUUCUGUGGAUGUCUUUUGCCUCACAGAAAAAGCCAAUCCCCAACUAGGCCAGAAAGUGGGGACAGUUUGCCUGAUAUCAUACGGUUCUCUCUGUGCAACAUCUCACCUAUGUCUAGCUUUGUUGCAUGGAUGCCCCAAUCAAAACAAGAGAUGUUCUGAGAACAAGGGUAUGCCUGUAAGAUUUUGAGGCUUGGA